AUGGCAGGGGCUCUGCUCUGCAUCCUGCUCUUCUUGGGGCUCCUCGACAGGGGCGAGGGGGAGAAUGAGGAGUUGCGUCUUUAUCACCAUCUCUUCGACAACUACGAUCCACAAAGCCGACCCGUGAGGGGGCCCGAGGACAUUGUCACCGUCUCCCUCAAGGUCACCCUGACCAACCUCAUCUCGCUGAACGAGAAAGACGAGACCCUCACCACCAGCGUCUGGAUCGGAAUCGAUUGGCAGGAUUACCGACUCAACUACAGCAAGGCCGACUUUGGGGGCAUAGGAACCCUGCGGGUGCCUUCCGAACGCGUAUGGCUGCCAGAGAUCGUGCUGGAAAACAACAUCGACGGCCAGUUCGGCGUGGCCUACGAAGCGAACGUGCUGGUCCUCGAGGGCGGCUCCGUGAGCUGGCUGCCCCCGGCCAUCUACCGCAGCACCUGCGCCGUGGAGGUCACCUACUUCCCCUACGAUUGGCAGAACUGCUCCCUCGUUUUCCGCUCUCAGACGUACAAUGCCGAAGAGGUGGAGUUCAUCUUUGCUGUGGACGAUGAUGGCGAGACCAUCAACAAUAUCGAGAUCGACACUGAGGCCUACACCGAGAACGGAGAGUGGGCCAUCGACUUCUGCCCCGGGGUGAUCCAGGAAGGUGACUCCGCGGACGGCCGGAAGUACACUGACGUCAUCUACACGCUCAUCAUUCGCCGGAAGCCCCUCUUCUACGUCAUUAACAUCAUCGUGCCCUGCGUGCUCAUCUCGGGCUUGGUGCUGCUCGCCUACUUCCUGCCCGCGCAGGCCGGCGGCCAGAAAUGCACGGUCUCCAUCAACGUCCUGCUCGCCCAGACCGUCUUCCUGUUCCUAAUUGCCCAGAAGACCCCCGAGACGUCUCUGAGCGUGCCGCUGCUGGGCCGGUACCUAAUUUUCGUCAUGGUGGUCGCCACGCUCAUCGUCAUGAACUGCGUCGUCGUGCUCAACGUGUCUUUGCGGACGCCCACCACUCACGCCGCGGCCCCGCGGCUGCGUCACGUUUUGCUGGAGCUGCUGCCGCGCCUCCUGGGCUCCGGCCCGCCCCCGGAGGCCCCGAAGCGCAGCUCGCCCCCGAGGCGAGUGUCGUCGGUGGGCAUCCUGCUGCGCGCCGAGGAGUUGAUCCUGAAAAAGCCGCGGAGCGAGCUCGUGUUCGAGGGGCAGCGGUACCGGCACGGGGCUUGGACGGCAGCUGCUCUCUGCCAGAGCCUGGGCGCCGCCGCCCCCGAAAUCCGCUGCUGCGUGGAGGCGGUGAACUUCGUGGCCGAGAGUACGCGAGACCAGGAGGCCACCGGCGAGGAGGUGUCCGAGUGGGUGCGCAUGGGGAAGGCCAUUGACAACAUCUGCUUCUGGGCCGCGCUGGUGCUCUUCAGCGUGGGGUCGGGCCUCAUCUUCCUCGGGGGCUCCCUCAACCGAGUGCCCAGCCUGCCCUUCCCCCACUGCAUGCGGGUCUGAGCCCCCGCUUGGGGCUCCGCCUUCCACACCCGCCUCCAGGAAGAAGAAAAACUGCGACCACUGCUCCAUUAGGUUCCCUUCCCGUUGCUGAUGAUAAAUCUGCAUUGUCUUCUCAAGUGCGGCGGUCUGCCCACCGCACAGGGGCGGGCUUUUGGGUGCCAAUCCUCCAGAAAGCAGGGAUCACCCUCAACCCAGCCUUGCGGCCCUCCCAGCAUUCCUCGGCCCCUCCCGCACACACCUGCAGCACUUGGAACUUCUGUCUUUAGCCAUUUGAUAGCCAGGCAGUAGGAACCCUUUGGAGGAUGUCCCCCCACCCUCACCUCCCGAGGCUGGAGAAAGGAAGACCCUUCCUUCUCUGGCCUGGCCCUGCUGGGGGGGCAGGGACCCCACAUGUUCACAGGUUUGAGGAUGAAGAUGCCUUGACCCUCCAUCAGUCACUUCUGGGUUUUCUUGGCCGAGCAGCCCCCACCCCACCCCAUCUUGUCCCCUUCAUCCCAGCUGUGCGCCUGGCUCUCCUCAACUAGUAUCAGGGAUUGUGAGACACAACAGAAUAAAAUGGGGCCCAAAAUGG